AGUCAGAAUUUUAACAGCAAUGGCACCGCGCACAAAAACCCGUGCGAGUGCCUGCGAGGGUUUGAGAGUGAGAAAGUUCACAGUUCAAACCCUCGCGGGUGAUCAGUAGAGAAAGGAAAGACGGGGGAGGAAGCAAGCAAUGGCAUUCUCUUUCUCAUCUUCUGCCCCGCUAUUCCAAAGUUCCCCAACCCUAAACCUAAACCCGACGCCAGGCCAGCAGCCUCCGUCCUUAUUUACACAGAACCAGCAGUUUACCUCCUUCGCCCAGCCCCAGCCUCAACUGCAGCUGCAGCCGCAGCAACAGCAGCAGCAGUUGUAUCUUUUUACGACAGAUAGGUCACCUGCUAGUUACAACACGAAAUUUGAGGAUCUGCAUUCCGAUUCCCAGAAUUUCCUCCUUCAAAUAGAGGAACGCAUUAUGGAGUACAAGGAUGAGAGCCAAAGGCUAGAACAGAAUAGUCGACUUUAUGGCUCUUCAAUGUCAAGUGACAGUUUUGAGCUUGAUGCUAGCCAUAUAUUACAGGAACUUGGAGGAAUCAGUGCUGCUAUGGAUAGGGAAAAGUUCAUAGUGCAAGAACUAACGUCUGAAGUAAAAAGCAUGAUGUGGAAUACAGAAGUAGCUGUGCGCUCAUAUAUGAUUAUUAGGCCAAGAUUUGUUCGACCAAAUAUCUCAAGUAAUUUAGAUAAUGUCCCUGCAAGUAAUUCUUUGGCAGGCCCCGCGAGUUUGAACCCCAGCAAUCAACCGACAAGUUGUUCGAUGGUACCUCUCUAUGAUUUUUAUAGUGGGUUCCCAAAGAGACCAUCUCUAUUUAUGCAGUCUUCACUUUCUCAAUUUGAGAAGUAUCUUGCUGAGUGUCGUCAGUGGGUUGAAGAGUUAGAGCAGCUUCUACUACUCGAUAAUGAAAAUAAUUCUUUGAACUCAAGGUCAUCAUCAUUACAGUCUCUACCGAACAUCAUGUCAAAUGUUCAUGAUUUCUUUGUUCAUAUUGCUGCCAAGGUAGAAAGACUCCAUCAAUACAUUGAGUCUAUGAAGGCUGUUUAUCUCGCUGACCAGCGGCGUCGUGGUGAUGGCAAUGAUCCAUUUCUCGAAGCUGACAGACGAGAAACUGCUAAACAGGAAGCUGCUGCUAGAAGAGUUCAUCCAACAUUACACUUGCCUGCAGUUUCUGCACAGCCAACAACUCACGGUACUGGUUUGUACGCUAGUGCAGUGAUUCCUGCAUCAAGUGCUCCUCAGCAAACUGCAGGAAGUUCGGGUCCUCCUGGUGGCGGAAUUUCACUAUUUGGUACUUCAUCCUCGACUCCAGCGGCUACAACAUCUUCAUUUCUCUUCUCGAACCCCACUAUGUCUACUCCAGCUUCUAGCCUUUUUGGUUCAACUGGGGUUUCACAGCAAUCAACAGGUUUUGGGACUCCAACGACAUCUCUUUUUGGGUCGAGUCAGACUCCCUCUCUCUUCGGAGCUAGUACACCAUCUUUGACAUCUAGUUCAGUAAUUGGAAGCUCCUCGCUCUUUGGAGCUAGUACGCCAUCUUUGGCAUCUAGUCCAGCAAUUGGAAGUUCCUCGCUAUUUUCAACACCUUCGCUUACACUUGGCGCUGCAACUGGUUCAGGGGCUAGCUUUGGUGCAACAUCUAAAUCAUCCAGGCCUAAGUCGCGAGCCACUAGACGAUGAACUCAGCACAAAUGCCGCAUUGUCGCCGUCGCUCGAAUUUGCCCUAAUUAUGGCCCAGCAUAUAUAUAAGGUCUGAUAGCUUCCCCAAAACAAGAGGUUGGUUGCCACAUCUCAUGUAUUACUGUGACUUAACGGAAUGGAGCUUUUGCUCUUAGUUCUUGCUUCCUUUUUUUUACUUCAUAAUAUUUUCAUAUUAUAUUUUUAAUUUUAAUUUUAUAUC